AUGAACGAGCUAAGUGAGUAUCCCAGUAUUUAAGUAUUAUGAACUAAUAUUAUAGUUUGAUAAUUCCCUUUAUAAUUCACUCAAGGGUAAGGAUAACAGAUUAAUAUUAAGAUAAAUGAGAUCAGCCAUUGAAGAAUUUAAUCGUAAUAACCAAUUUGAUAGUGAAAAUUUUACCAUUCUUUUUUAUGGUGUUUAAUAAGUAAUUAACAUUCUUAUUACAUUAGAUAUAAAAAGAUGAAAUAUUAGAAUUUUUAGUAAAAGAAGUUCUUAAGCGGUAAGAUGUUUUAGAAUUUGAAAUUUUACAAAUGAAAUUUUUAUAAGCUACUUUAGAUGAUUAAAAUAAAAAUAGAAAAGAUCAUUUCUAUUCUUUAUAAAAAGAAAUUUUAUUAUCAUUCUGUUAAUAUGAUAAACAUGGUUAAAUGGGAAUAGAAACAAUAUUAUAAUUUUAUAAAACAAAAAUUAAAGAAAAUGAUGUUAAGCAAUAUUUAUAAAAUUAAGUUAAAAAAAUCAUUAGAAAAGAAAAUCUUCACAAUUAUAUAAAAAAUAGAUUGAUUCAGAUAGUAUUUAAUUCAGAAGAUUGUGAAUAAUAAUUUUCAGAUUUGUUGAUUUCUUGUGGAAAUAUUGCAUUUGUUACUUAAUUUAUUACUAUUUUAGCAUAAAAUAGUUUAGAAAUAUUAUAAAAUGAGAGUAAUUCAUUAAAAUAAGUAUCUAAAGUAUUUGAAAGAAUAAGUGCUCAAAUGCCAAAUUUAUUUAAUCAAAACUUACCUGUUUUUUUAUAAUUUUAUGAUAGUGAAGUAAUAAUUAAUAAAUUAAUAAUUAGAAUUAUUGUCUUAGAAAUGCUAUAAGUACUAUAAUUACAAAUAUAUUAACAGAGCAUUUAAAUCCAUCAAAAGUAGAAUAAGAUGUUGAAAUGAAAGAUAAUUAAUUAAAUCAAAGACUUUUUUUAAUUUAAAAAUUGACAUCUAGAAUAAUUGAUAAAAAUGCAUAUGCUAGAGUUCAUACAUUAAAAAUGCUUAGAGUAGUUUGCUCAUAAAAUUUAAUUCCUCCAAAUGUUUAACUUAUGAUUUUUCCAUUAGUUAUUGCAAGAGCAUAAGAUGUAUCUUCAAUGGUGAGAAAGGCUGCUUUGGCAUUUGUUAAAUAAAUUACAAAGUACAAUCUCAAAAUAUAUAGAAUUAAAAUAGAUUUAUGAAAAACCUAUUCGUUGAUGGGUUAUAAAUGUAAAACUUUAUGAAAAUUGCUGAUAUUCAAGAGUAGAACUAAAAUUUAGGAAAUGAAAUUCAUAAAACUUUAGUAGCUAUUGAUUAGAUAUUAGAAGAUAAAGCAAAUGCAAAAUAGGAAACUGAAUUUAAAGAAUUAGAAGAUGAAGAAAAUCUUGUUGUUUCUAAUUUGAGAGAAAAAAAAAAAUUAUAAUCAGUAUUCAUACAAUAUUAAGAAUUUAUGGAACUCUUAUAAAAGUUAUUACCUAAUAUUGAAUUAUUAUUAAAUAGUAAAUGCAUUACUGAUGUUUAUAAAGCAAUAUCUCUUAUUAGCUUUUUAUUUAAAUAGAAAAUUGAAAAUACAGACGUUGGUAUUAUGAAGAUGUUAAUUCAUUCUAUUAAUCCAUAAAUAGUAAAUAAAUUAGCUAAAAAAUUUUAUAUGCUUUUUAUCGAAAAUGAAAAUGAAUAAGUUCCAAUAAACAAUCUAAUUCAUUUAUUAAAAAUAUCAUCUCCAAAAGAAUAAAUAUAUCUUGAAGAACUUAUUAGAUACAUGAUCAAAUAAAAAAUGAUAACAGAACCUAUGAUUGAAAUAAUAUGGAAUAAUUUUAUAAGAAAUUAUUCUUCAAAUUAAAACGAAUAAUUAAAUUAAUAUUCUAAACUUGUUCGAGUUACUUUUGGAUAAUAAUCUAAUCUUUUAACAAAGUUGAAAUUAGAUUAACUUAGUAAAAUAAUUGAAGGUUAGAAAAGAGAUAUUAAUUGGAUUGUUGUUAUUGAACUUGCUAAAUUAAUUUAUUAUUUAGAAGAUAAAGAACUUGUAAAAAAAUAUUUUUAAUAAUUUGCAUUGAUUUUAUAUUUUUAUUUUGGAACACCAAAUAACUCAUGGUUUGUAGCAUGUUAGGAGAUUUUAAAUUUGAUUUAAUAUUUGACAGUUCCAGAAAGCAUAUAUGAUUACAUAAUUAAAAAGUUUAGUUUUAAAAUAUUUUAAAUUGGAAUGACUCCUAAAAGAAGGUAAAUCAUAUUAAUACUAUUAUAUUUUAGUACUUAAGACUUUCUAGAAGAAGAAUCAACUUUAGUGUUUAAUAAUUAAAGUGUAUAACUAAGUCAAUUAUUAUUUAUUGUGGGUUAAUCUGCUUUGGCAAUUAUUCUUCAUAUUGAUGAAAUAGAAAAUCAAUUAACACAUUUAAGAAAUGUAGAAGAAGCAAAAGAAAAUGAAUUAGAUAAAAUCUAAGGAGGUUGUGAAGAAGAAUACGAACAUAAUAGCGUAUAUCUGCAGACUUUAUGCAAAUAUAGUAUUUUAUAUAAAUAUUAAUAGAUGUAAUCUAAAAAGGAUUUUAUUAAAAUUAUGUUCCUAUAGUUUUAGAAAUUUUAUCUGAAUUAGAAGAAGAAAAUGUAUAAUUAACAAUGUUACAUAAAUCUGCAGGUCUAUGUUUGUGUAAAUUUAUGUGUUUAUCUGAAUAAUUUUGUGAAGAACAUAUUUUAAAAGUAUUUAAAUUAAUUUAGAAUACUAAUUCAGAUGGAAUUUUUAAGAAUAAUUUAAUUGUUGCUAUUGGAGAUCUUUUACAUAGAUGGCCUAAUAUAGUAACAACUUAUUGUAGAUAACUAUUUGAUGGGUUGAAUAAUUAAGAUUUUAUUGUAAAAAAAACUUCAUUAAAUAUGCUAUCACAUUUAAUAUUAAAUGAUAUGAUUAAAAUUAAAAGAGAAAUUACUGAUAUUGCUAUUUUAUUAACUGAUCCUGAUGAAAAUAUUUAGUAAUCAGCAAAAAGAUUUUUUUAUCAAUUAUAAAAGAAAGAUUCAAGAAGAAUCCAAAAUAGUUUACCUGAUAUCAUAUUUAGUAUGUCAAAUGAAGAAAGUCAUGAAAAAUAUAAAAUUUUUCUUAUGAAUACUUUAAAGUAUUUAGAUAAACAAACUGAAUAAUUAGUUGAAAAAUUGUUGAGAAGAUUAAAAGAAAAUAUAAAUGAUUUCGAAGUUUAAAAUAUAGUUUUUACAUUAUCUAAACUUCAAAUGAAGGAAUCUUUAGCCAGAAAAUUUUAUGAUUGUUAUCCAUAUUAUCAAGAAAGACUAGAAAAUUCAUAAAUUAAAGAAUAUUUCUAAGUUAUUAUCUAAAAAGUAUAUUUAAAUAUAAAAUUAGUUAAUGAAAUGUGGGUUAAAUUUAGAAAAUAAAUAAAUUUUAUAAGAAUUUGAAGAACUAUUAAAUCGAGGAGAGACUAAACGUAGAGUUUUAGGAUCAAAGAAUAAAUCUUAAAAAUCUAAUAGGUCUCAUACAAAUUCAUAAAGAUCUGCUGGUUUUUCUAACAUUCUAGAUUAAUUAUAUACUUAAUCUACUGAAUUUUGA